AUGCCCCGCGCAGACCGGGCUGCCGGGGGUGUGCUCACUUAUAAGCCUCCCAUGGAGAUUGACACCAUUAUCAUCGGCAACGGGCCAUCUUCCAUGAUCCUGUCCUACAUCCUUCAUGGCAAUCUCCCAUAUUAUUCGUCUCAGCACCCGCAUCCCGAUCCCUUACUUCACGCGAAGCUCAGGGGUGCGCCGGCUCUUCUUGGGGCCGACGUGGAUGCUUUGACAGAGCAUUUCGCCGCGUCUCGUCUGUCGUAUUCCACUCAGGCUCUACCUGUAAACGUGCUAUUAGACACAUUGGUCCGACCCAGUGUCGACGUUGAGGAAUUGCAGAGUGUCACGAACAUUGAAUGGCGACAUGAGCCUCAAAAAGCCGUCCCUCAUCGGGUUCUUGGGAAUGCACCACGGCCCGGUGGGCAAUGGACCGAGAAUCCCAUGCCAGCGAGCUGGGAAAUCCAGACGUUGAGCUACGCCUCGAUGCUCUCCUUGCCAGGGUAUUCAUUCGCGGACCAUUACCGCAAAAUUACGGGCAAAGACCUUCCCGCAUACACUCGGCCCAGCAGAGAGCAAACCGCGGAGUACUUUCGAGUGUAUCCUGAAGCGGUGGGUAUCGAUGACGCAUUUUGCUCGGGGGAAGACGUCUCAGGCAUCAUCAGAACCGAGCAAGGGUUUUUCCUCCGAUCGCACAACAUUCACUGCAAGCAUCUCGUCCUAGCCAGUGGCAUCUUUUCCGAAGUCUUGCAGCCUCGACCACUCCUAGAACCUCUCACAUUGCUUCAACCGAUUCCCGAGACACCAUUACUUGUCAUUGGAUCCGGAUUCUCCGCGGCGGACGUGAUCAUCUCUGCGCCAACCAACCAGAAAAUCAUCCACAUCUUCAAAUGGGAUCCUGAGAAUCGACCCUCGCCAUUACGCGGUUGUCAUCAACAUGCGUAUCCAGAGUAUGCCGGUGUUUACCGGCUGAUGAAACGUGCAACUGUAGUUGCACAGUCGAGGAUUACGAAACAACGGCUAAAACCCCUGCGCACGAGCUCCUCCCCUUUUCUCGAAAGUCGAUCCUGGGCCGAUGUUUAUGAAGGGUUCCCGAAUACCGAGAUAAUCGAUGUACAGGUGCAGCAGGAAGGGGCUAUUGUGACCAUGCGCCGUCCGGAUGGGACCACUUUUUCCAGGAAUGUACGCGGUAUGGUCUAUGCCACCGGUCGGCGAGGCAGUCUGAGCUACCUAGACCAGAGCCUCUUGCAUGAGGUCAUCGGCUGCGAUGACAGAACCGCAGCAGACACUACAAUAUCUGGACAAACACUGAGAGGCAAAGCUAUUGAUAACGUCGAGGUUGCCAAGGACGUCUUCAUUAUCGGCAGCUUGACAGGAGAUUCUCUCAUUCGGUUUGCAUACGGAAGCUGUGUCCAGGCAGCUGGCAAGCUGAUCAACGCGCUUACUGGGGAGCAUAUUAAUGCCGGAACCAUUUCAGCCCCUCACUCCAAGCCCGAAUUAUGCAUAGGAGUGAUGCAUGGUAUCGAAGGGCACGAUGUCUAUCCUAUUAAUGGCCAGCCACGAGAAUUUGAAGACGAUACAAUAACGCCGCCAAUACCUGUGAGCAAUUCAUCCAAAGGAAUGUGGACUUGGCUGAUGGGCAUUUGGAGGUGGACUGAGGUAUAA